AGUUAUCUUUGUUAAAUAAAGGUGGUUUUUGAUUUAAAAAACAAACACAAAACUGUACACUGAAUCUGCAAGUGGACAUUAUCUGCAGGACUCAACACACCCUCCCAAACAGUCGCCUAAACAGACCACAAUAGCAUGACAGAAAACAGGGAAAAGCACCAAUUAUGCAAUUCAUAAACUGGAUUACAUACACACACUAUAGGCUAAAUGUUGGAACUUGACUUCAGAAAUUAUAGAUUCUAAGAGAAAAGGCUUUUUGCACAAGGCCCUGACCACUAAAAUCCAUUAGUCGUGCAUUACGUAGGGCAUGGCAGUUAAGGAAGCUUGGUGUGGUGGAUCAAUACAGUUGAGUGGUCAGAGUAAACUGGGCGAGGCAGUCGACACAAUACUGAACAAGUCAUCAUUCCCACUUACGAUCCCUACAAGACAGAGGUGUUUCUUCAGAUGGAGGCCUUAAAUGAAGAUAUGUCAGAGCUGGAGGGUAGCAUGAUCAACAUCAUCAAAGUUUUCCACAAAUACUCGGGUAAAAAGUGCAAGCUGAAGAAGACAGAGCUUAAAGAGCUCAUCAACAAUGAGAUGAGUCAUUUCAUAAUGAACAUUCACGAGAAUGACAUUUUGGAUCAGCUCUUUACGGACCUCGACCAGAACGGAGACCUGGAGAUCGACUUCAAAGAGUUCAUCGCACUCAUUGCCAUGGUUACCUCAGCAUGUCAUGACCUCUUCAAUCCAAAAUAAAAAAAGUAUUAUUUAGCAUGU